AUGGAGGAGGGGUCGGUGACGUGGCGCUCGGCGGCCGGCUCGCUGCUGCGGCACAACGUGCGCUUCCUGUGCGCGCUGGGCGUGUGGCCGCCCGCCGCCCCCGCGCCUCGCGCCUUCCGCGCUCUGACCGCCGCCCUCAUGGCGCUCGGCGCCGGCCACCUCCUGGGCGCCGCCUGCUCCGUCUACGCCUGCUCCGGCGACCUGCAGCUGCUGACGCUGGCGCUCUCCAACGCCUUCCCCGUGUUCUCGGGCCUCGCCAAGGCCGCGCUGCUGGUGGCGCGCCACCGCCGCUACUCGGCCCUCGUCGGCGGCGUCGACGCGCUCCGGGCGCGCCAGCGCGGCUUCUGCGACGCCGACCCGCAGCUGGCGGCCGCCCUCCGCGAGACCCGGCGCUGGUCCGUCAAACUCACUUUCCUCUUCUACUCGUCCGUCCUGUCGGCCAUGGUCGUGUGGGCGCUGAUGCCACUUUCCGUGUACCCUCAGGUGCGCGUAUUUCCCUUUCAGCAGCUCCCGUGGCCGAACCUCACCCGGGAACCCACCUACUGGUUCCUGUACGUCCACCAGUGCGUGGCCACCUUCUUUUUCUGCUCCAUCGACAUGAACACAGACUGCUUUUUCGCGACUAUUAUGGCACAUAUCUCGAUGCAGUUCAGGGUCCUGGCUUCGAGAAUAGCGGGACUGCGCCUUCGGGAAAGAACGCAGAAGAUAAAACUGUGCGCUGAAUCCGAGGAUGUGUCCACACUUCACGGCGACAUGUAUAAUGAGAUGUGCUUAUGUGUCGACACCCACGAAGAGCUCAUCAGAUUGGUUGGUCUGCUGGAGUCGCUGAUGAACCCGGUGGCGAUGUUGCAGUUCCUGGUGGGAGCCGUCUCCUCCUGCGUGGUGCUCUUCUCAGCCACCUACAGCCCUGACAGCAAUUCCGCGCUGAAGUGUUGGGGUUCGCUUCCCCUACUGCUGACGCAGCUGUUCCUGUAUUGCUCAGGAGCUCAGCACAUUCUGGACCAGAGUGAGGCGGUAGCGAUGGCGGCGUACGACUGCGCCUGGUGCGACAGCAGCAGCAAGUUGAAGCGCGCGCUGCAGCUGGUGAUCAGCCGCGCCCAGAAGCCGCUGGCGCUGACAGCUGGCAAGCUCUACGCCGUCAAGAGGGCCGCCUUCCUCUCGUUGAUUCAAGCGACGUACUCCUACUACACACUUCUUCAAAAUUUGGACAACUGAUGGGAAAGAAGAAAUACGGCGCUCCUGCACA